AUGGAACAAGUGCGAAAAUCUCGGGUCUCCAACCUGAACGGAAUCUCUCAAUUCCUCUGCAGUAUGCCCCAAAAUCUAUCUCCUGUAGUCAACAGACUACCACUCAAUGAAUCCACGACCGCGGACUCCAAAAUUGACCAUGACACGUCGAUAAAUUAUUGGAACAACGUUCCUGCCACCUCCAGUGGUAUGCUAGCCAUGCUUGGCAACUUCCCCUGGUACACACGGAUCGAGCUGCAAGGGUCCAAAAAUUUUUUGGCCAAAGUCCGACGAUUAAUUCCUACUCUUUCCGUUCACCAAAAACUCGGUCUAGGUGUCGACUGUGGCGCGGGCGUCGGUCGCGUGACGAAGGGUUUUCUCAGCGAUGUCUGUGAGGUGGUGGAUAUUGUCGAGCCAGUAGAAAAGUUUACUCAAGCUCUCAAGGAAGGAGAUUUGGGUCAUCGGGGUGUGGUUGGGGACAUAUACAACGUUGGUCUUCAGGAUUGGAGCCCGCACAAAAAAUACGAUUUGAUUUGGACCCAGUGGUGUGUGGGACAUCUCACAGAUGCACAGCUUGUCGCAUACGUCGCAAGAUGUCGUGACUGUUUGAAAGACUCCGGAAUCAUGGUGGUAAAGGAAAACCUCUCCACUGAUCCCCUCGGAAAAGACAUGUAUGACGAGUUGGACAGCAGUGUCACAAGGAUGGAUUCAAAGUUCAAGGAUAUUUUCAAUGCCGCUGGCAUGGACGUGAUCAAGUCCGAGCUGCAAACUGGAUUUCCGAAGCAAUAUAAACUCUUACCGGUCAAAAUGUACGCGUUGCGACCAAAAAAAUGA